AUGAAUGAAAACCAAUAUAGACAAAGAACGAAUCAUGAACUACUAAACGAAAUUAAAGAGGAUAUAGUUUGUAAAAUAAAACGGCAAAGGGCAAAAAUGGCUAGGACAUAUAUGGAGAUCAGGACCAUCUACGACAAUAUUCUUAAUAUUGGAAUGGACCACCAGCUGUUUAUAUUGCUUCAAACACUUUUAUAUGUAUUAUGGAUUGAGGCAUCUCCUCUUUUACCACAAAACAAAGACAGCAUUGUCCUGGACUAUUCAAACUACAAUACCUUUCAACCUAAUGGUCAAGGUACUUACUCUUUUGGAUACGAAAUAGAAGAUCCAGAUACACAAAAUAUUCAGUUCAGAGAUGAAGAAAGGAAAGCAGAUGGUACAAUAAUUGGAAGCUAUGGUUGGGUAAAACCUGAUGGAAAUAUUAUCAUGGUUAGGUACAUCGCAGAUCAAAAGGGAUUCAGGUAA